UUUUGCAUUAGACGCUUCGGAGCUUUCCGGAUCACUGCUAACGACGUUGAAACCGAUUUACGUUUAUCUCCGCGCCUGAGACUUUUCUCUACUGUUGUUGUCGCCGGUCUGUCGUGCUCCUUCUUCACUGUCAUCAUGAGCCAGCGCAUGCUUUCCUCCGUCCUUCGCGCACGGCCUAAUGUCGUCCUUCGUCGUGCUGCGACCCCUGCCCUCACAAUACCACAACGUUUUUCAUCAUCAGAUUCGCAUAGCCAAGAAACGUUUGAGCAGUUCUCUGAGCGCUACGUCGCUUUCUUCCAAGGCGCACAGGACCUCUUCGAGGUACAACGUGGCCUCAACAACUGCUUUGCACACGACCUCGUUCCUUCACCAGGCGUUGUUGAGGCUGCCCUCCGUGCAGCACGCCGCGUAAAUGAUUAUGCAACCGCUGUCCGUGUCUUCGAGGGUAUCAGGGAAAAGGUUGAGAACAAGCAACAAUACCAGGCUUACUUGGACGAGUUGAAGCCGGUUAGAGAAGAACUUGGAAUUGACACAAAAGAGGACCUUUACGUCUCAUAAGCUCUACCCGAGCAGUACAGGUUCCAUUAGAUGCAGUGCCUCACAUAUUAUCGUCACUUAUAGUUUUUGCUAAUCCACAGUGCGCGGAUUUACACCCUGUUGUGGCCUAUAUUGAGCACUGUUUUACUCGCUGCGAUAUUGACCGUUGAGGCCAAUAAACUUUCAUUUAAGCAAGGUCUUCUCUGAAAGAAUUUUUUUUUGCGUGCACUUUUGUGAUUUUGUACGUGAGGAUUCACUACAGGCGUACUGGGGAGACCGAUUCAUGCGCAAAAGCAUGCAGACAUAUAAUCGCUGAAGCUGUUCAAUCCGAGGGUUCAGUUCCUAUUGAUCCCGCGGACAUAGUGGUUGUGGGUAUGGG